GAAAAGGCAUACUUACCAUAGGUACUUUUUACCAUGAAUUCCCUGAACUUAAUGUGAUUGAAAUCUCAACCUAAAGAUUGCAACACUAUAGACUUCUUUAAAGUUUGAUUUUUCAUGUCACUGAACAUGAGAAAACCUCAGUGUGGAGCAAAAAGGGUGGUAAGCGGAAGGAGAAGUUAAGGACUGAGCUGCUUUGCAGAUCAUAGCGUUUGAAAGUGAGAAGCCGAUUUGACAAGAAGCAAAAACCACACAAUAGAGUACCACGUAAUCUUUCUGCUCACUUUGUUUUACAAAUUUAUUCAAGCUCUUCCUACUAUCUUCUGCUGCCUCCUUGCUCUUCUGUAUCUCACAGAUGUCACUGAGGUAGGUAACGUGGUCCAAGCCUGAGGAAUUCAAGGAAAGAAGAGAAGUCUACUGGACUUUUUCCAUCCCUGAUAUGCACAGGAAAUGAAGAGAUCACCUGGCAUGCUUGGAAUUGAGAAAAUGUCCUGGGUGCUCUUCCUAAUCCCACAUCUGGGCAUCUGGAGUAUCAACGGGCAAAGAUCAUGUAAUGAACAACUGUAUGUAAAGAGAUAUUCCACAUACACUGUGUCAGCAGGGCAUCCAUUUAAUCUGGAGUGCCCUGUGAAAUACUGUACUAAGAGGCCUAUUGUGACCUGGUGCAAGCUCAAAGGAAAAAACUGUUUACCUCUUGCAUAUAAACUUCUGGGAUACACAACUUGGAAAGAAGGGGAGAAUAUUUCAGUUUUUAGUCUUCAUUUUAAUCACGCGCUGGCUAGUGAUUCUGGUUCAUACCGCUGUUCUGCGAAUUUUACAUCUGGAGUUAUUGAAAGCCAUUCAGUAACCAUUAAUGUGACAGAACAGACUCAAAAUAAUUCAGAAUACCCUCUAAUAACAUUGACUCACAUUUCAGAUACAACUGGUGCCUCAGGACCACCCUCUCAGGAAGUGACGGCGGACAAACGAUGGAUGCUUUAUAGUUUGCUUCCUUUGGGGGCAUUGCCUCUGCUCAUUACCUGUUUGUGCCUGUUCUUCUGCCUUAGAAGGCACCAAGAAAAAAAGGAGCCUUCUGACACAGCAGGAAGGGAAAUUAACCUGGUUGAUAUUCCCCAGCCCUUUCGGAGUGAGGAAACUGAAGUGGGAACCGGGCAAAAUCCCCAAACACUGCUAUCAGAAACUGGUACUUAUGAUAAUGACCCCUGGUUCAGGGUCCAGGAAGAGUCUGAAAUUUAUUCUAACCCAUGUCUGGAGGAAAACAAGCAGGGCAUUGUUUACGCUUCUUUGAACCAUUCUGUCAUUGGAAUAAACCCAAGACAAUCAAGGAAUGUGAAAGAAACACCUACAGAAUAUGCGGCCAUAUGUGUGAGGAGUUAAAUUCGAUCUUGAUCUCCAACUGGUGAUCACUGAAAGAUAUGCAUGUCAACACCAUUACCAAGCCCAACAAAAGGUUAAAUAACAUUCCUUGACCUGAGAAGCUUCACUUUAAGGAGGUUCAUGUUGGUGCUCGGGUCUUAAGGGUUCAUAGGACAAAUGACUAAAAUUUCUCCCCCCAAAUUCUGAGGGAACUUUUUAUAUGACCCCCUUGAACAACAACACAAAAACCUUUCCCUCCAAGACUAAGUGAUAGUAUGAGUAGCAGAGUGGCAGAAUAUUUAAACGUAGCUACAUUUUACCCAAUGUACAAAGCUAAUAUAUUUUUUGGAGGAUAAGAGACACAUGUAAGUAAGAGAGGUUUGUGUUAUCUGGAUCAGUUCACUACACUCUCUUGACAAAGAAAGGAUGUCCCAAUUUGACUAACUAACCAUCAACACAGUCAUGAUAAUAUGUUUAUUUCUGGUCAUUCUUCUAUGAUGAGAAAUAUUCCUCUGUCCCUCUAAUACUGUUUUUUUUUUAAUGUAAAGAAGUAACUUUAGACUUGAUAUAAGAAAAGAAUGGAAAGCAUAAAUGGUUCAGUAAAGAUGUGGGCUACACCGACUACCGUAGAGCAGAUGCUCCCCAUACCUGACACGCAAAUGGUUUUACACUGUUGAGCAAAUAUAGGUAGUAAUGGAGCAAUUAAUGUGUGGUGCAUUUAUAAACAAAGUUGUGACUCCGUGGUUAGGUCACAUGGACUAAUGUAUAUGAAUGUGAUAUAAUGCUGCUGAAUUAAUAUACUCGUGGUUGUUUAAAUAAACAUAAAAAUAAGCAUCAUUGAGCAAA